UGUUUUUCUCGCAGUAGUGUGAGUAUAACAAGCCAGCGGAUCUGCGUUGCCGUUGGUAGCCCUGUAAGCAGGAGGCCAAUAAGCUGAUAACAUUAGCGGUUGUUUCUCAGAGGAUUUGGGGUGUAGCAGUGACUGAGAAGACGCGUUUUUUCUCGGUGUUGUUUGUGUAUCUUCAGUGUAUCCUAACGUUAACGGUUGGAAUUUGUCUGAAAUCUCUCUGCUGUCCGUGGAUUAACGUUAACACACAACACUGGACUCCGAAGAAGCGCUCUGAUAUCAGUUUAAAUGCGAACUAGUGGAUUAUGUUCCUGCGUAACGUACGAAUAUCAGUGUUUCUCAAGUUUCCCGGAGUGUGGGAGUGACAGAAACUCGAAAUUUAGUUUUAAGUCUGGACAAGACCAGCGGCCACUUGUUGAAAUACAAUUUCAAAACCUUUGCCCAACUGCUCAGGAGCUUUGCUAACGUUAGUAGCAAGAUUUAGCUAUUGAGGCUAACAACUUUCUCUAACAUCAGCGCUAAAUCUGGUACAAGUUGCUUCUAAUACAUGCCUGUCAGAGUUUGAUCGAGGUCGAGUGUCGACAAGUUGGCAAAGUAAGUUUGUCAUAAUUGUGCAGAUGGCACUGACAGCAGUUUAGCUAACGUUAACUUGGCUAGCUGUGGCUGUUGAGUUAGCAAUGACAGCUAACGUUAUGUUAACGUUAGAUUCAAACAAGUGGUUAGCUGGAAAUAUAACAGUAUGACGUCGUGUUUUCCCGUUAACUUCUUUCAAUCGACACGUCAUUAUUCUCGAAUGUUUUAAGUGUUAAGUUGUAAACGUAUAUUUUGUGAAGGUUUCAUUCAAACCUGUCUUGGCGUUAGAGGACAACUUUUAUUAACAGGAGCUCUAACGUUAGCUUAGCUAACGUUACGUUAGCCUCUAGCUCGGCUUACAAUAACAUAGUUGUGAUACCACAGCCAGCAGAGUUGAGUGAAUUAACUUUGGCCUGACAGUAAUGUGUGCUGUGUUUUUAAAACUCUAAUGGAUUCACUGAAACAGUUUGGACUAUAGACUCCUAGCACCGUCUGCCACUUUUCCUCCAAGUAGCUGAAGUAGUUAAACUGCGGCCCGCACAAUGUCCGGCUCCCCGGGCACAGGUGGCUCAAACCCCAGGAAGUUCAGCGAGAAGAUAGCGCUGCACAACCAGAAGCAAGCAGAGGAGACGCGGGCCUUUGAACAGCUGAUGACAGACCUCACUGUGUCGAGGGUGCAGUUUCAGAAGGUCCAGCAGCUUCGUUUGACUCAGUCACGGGCACAGUACUAUGGCUCUCUGCCCAACGUCAAUCAGAUUGGAAACACCAACACCGAAUUCCAGGGUGGCUUUCCGUCAGGAUUGGACUCGGUCAGAGGCACACGUCACCAUGGGCUAGUCGAGAGGGUCCACAGGGACCGCAACCGCAUCACCUCUCCCCAUCGCCGACCCAUUGAUAAGCACGGACGGCAGAUAGAGAGCUCUCCAUAUGGAGCAGUGUACCUGUCCCCACCUCUGGACAACAGCUGGAGAAGGGAACAGCAGCCAUGGACUGAGGAAAAACGGCCUGGGUUUAGAUUAAUAUCACAACUCAACAGAACCAACUCAGACUCUGCUCUUCACACAAGUACCAUGAACCCAAACCCUCAGGAUCCCUUUGGUAUGAACCAGCAGAUGGGUCGAGGUCCCCCCCAACGAAAUGGCUGGCAUGCAGCUAGUGUAAAUGAAGCAGAGGUGGAUAGCUCUGGAAAUGUCUUCUCCUUCCCCACCCUGACUAACGAGGAGAAUCUAAUUGGUGUCAGUAAGCCCCUUCCCAAACAGCUGUGGGAGGCCAAGAAGGUUCAGUCUUUGGCAUCAAGGCCUAAAUCGUGUGAAGUGCCUGGAAUCAAUAUAUUCCCGUCUCCAGAGCAGACCCUUGGACUGUCCCAGUAUCAGGGCUUGUUAAAUACAGGCGGUUCCCUGCCCGACCUCAGCAACCUGCACUUCACCUCACCACUCUCCACCCCGCUGGACCCUGAGGACAAUGGCGGGUACCCCAACCUCAGCGGGGGCAGCAGCACUGGAAACCUGCCGGCCGCCAUGAUGCACCUGGGCAUAGGCAACUCGCAGGGUCUCUCCUCCUCUCUGAGCAAUCCCUCAAUUCAGGCGUCCCUCAACAACUGCCAGCUGCAGUCGUCACUCAGCAAUCCCUCCAUCAACUCAUCCUUGCGUCUGUCUAGCAACUCUCCCCGGCGACGGCCCGCUCCCAUCAGCCCCCUCACCCUGUCUCCCGGCACAGAGCAGCGCAGGGGUCUGGCCAAGCAGCUGUCUCCCACCAUGUCCCCCUCGCUGUCCCCCAUUACACAGGGAGUUGCUUUGGAUACCAGCAACAUGCCAAGGGAGCCGCCCCCACCCUAUCCACUCUACCAACAAUCCCAGCAUGCAGUGGACCAGGGCCGACAACAACACCAGCAGCAACAGCAACAGCAGCCUGUUUCCCCACUUCAGAGCAUCCCUCUAGACUUCAACACAAGUCAACAUAACAACCUCGCGACACUCUUCAGCGACCCCUUCAUGGAGCCACAGUACUCCAAUCGUCAGACCAAGACACACCCGUAUCAGUUGGACCAGUUCACUCUGUUGGAAAACACAAUUAGCUCCACAGCAGGGGGUUCUUGCUUCGACCCUUCCUCUGCUUCCUCCUUGCUCUACUACUCCCAGGCUGCCCUCUCAGGGCUGGGUGGCAGCCUGCAGGACCCAGUGCACACAAGGUCCAACAUGCUGUACUCCAACUGCAGCGGAGGACUGCCCAACAUCAUACUCACUGAUGACUCCAACCCCAGUCUCUCAAAGGACAUCAGCAGUGCACUCACCACAGUGCCUGAAUGUUUUGACUCAGAAGGAGGCUUCCCGUUGGAGGACGAGCUGCGCAUCGAGCCCCUCAGCCUGGACGGUCUGAGCAUGCUCAGUGAUCCUGACAUGGUGCUGCCCGACCCAUCUGUGGAGGAUACUUUCCGCAGUGACAGACUCUGAACUUAAAGAGAAUUACAGCUCCCAAGAAAUAGAACACACACACACACACACACACACACACACACACACACACACACACACAGACAGACUUGCAUGUAUAUGUGUGUAUAAUGUACAAAUCUAAAUAUGCAUGCAAACAAUCUAUAGGGCCACUGUGCAUGCAUCCACUACCACUAAGAUUCAUUGAAUGUGAAAGACACCAAGUACACGGUCAUGCACACACACUUUUAAGGAGGAGACUUGUGAACAAACACUGUUUACACCAGCUUCAUGCAAAGUUACCUUCUCACAUGUUCCAGCUCCUAAUUCUUAGACAUUAGCUUAUAUGAGGUGGAUCAAUACAGUAUGGGGUUUAAAAUCAGCUCUGGGAACAGAAAGCGCUCCAGCUCCACCAGCCCCGCCCCCAAAACAAAAAGACUCACAUCAACACAUGAGACCAAUCCAGCAAGGAGCCAAAGCCCUCCCGCUUCCCUCUCUCUCAUCACCAGCUCACAGCCCCCCUGAAGACAUGGCAACCUCAUCACCAUGGUUACACACCAUAGCAACUCCAUUGCCAUUUUGAAGAGCAGCGGGAAUGCCAACACACACACACUUUACUUUUCUUCCCGCUCCAGUUAAUGAGACAAUGGGUGCAGUGACCGUCCACAGCUGGAGUAGUGACAAGUGUCACUGGUUCAGCAUCUGGCAGCCCAGUUUUCUUCAGGUGAAGUAAAAACCAGCUGUGUUGUGACUACUUCAGGCCC